GCCUCAUCGCCCUGGCCUGCAUCAUGUGCUCUGUCCUGACCCUGCGCACCCUGGCCGGCAUCCUGCGCCUCAGAGUAUUUAUUCCAGAGCACAAGUGGGGCCCCAUGAGCCACCUGCCCCUGGCCCAAGAGGCCCUGCGCCAUCUGCUCGCACAGCUCACAGACUCGGCGUCGGCACUGGCUGCGGAUCCAGGCAACACCCGCAUCGCUGCCCGCCUGUCGGAGGAGUGGAGGAGGUUUACGACCAUUAACGACUUCUACACUGGCCUGAAGAACGAGAUAUGCUUCCCUCAAAUUUCUGCGUUCUUCCCUGGCCACCACGCCAAGGCUAUGGCCCAAAACGAGGAGAUGCUCAGGCUGGAGCAGGAAGUGGCGGUGCAGCUGGCAGGCCUGUCUGGUGGGGCUGUGGCGAAGAUGGCGACGGGUGGCGCUGACUCCAGCGCCGACAUCGACAGCUAUGCCGGAGUCACACUGGCUGACAAGCUGGCCGCCGCUGUGUCGGAGAACAAGGUUGUGGUGGUGGGCCGCUCCACCUGCCCCUUUUGCAUCGAAGUGUCUCGCACGCUGGCUGACAUGGGCCUGUCCUUCCCCUACUUCCUGGUCGAUAAGAUGCUGUCUGGGGCUGCCCUGCACGAGGAGCUGAAGAAGGCCACCGGCCAGCGCACUGUGCCUUACGUGUGGGUGGCCGGCAAGCUGCUGGGCGGGUGUGACGACACCAAGGCCCUCAUCGCCAGCGGAGAGUUCGACAAGGUGCUUGGCGGGGCUGGCGACGGCAGCGGU